UUAAUUUGGCACUAUUUAAAUUUUUUAUAACAAAAUUUUUUUGUAAAUAUCAAUAAUUAAUUAUGGAUGAUGAAGACGAAGAAACGAAGAUUAAGUUAAACAACGAAUUGGAACAGAAAAUUUUCGAUGCUUUCGAGCUAUUUGACCACGUCGGAAACAAAACGGUCGAAUCACAGGAUAUUGGAACAAUAAUUCGUUCUUUGGGAUCUUGCCCACUAGAAUCUGAUAUAGAACAGAUGGUGUUUAAAGAUUUAGAAGACCAUAAAAACAGGGGUACGGUUCACGUUAAUAAAUUUAUACCGGUUGCUUCUAGUUUUAUCACCGCUCAUAAAUAUGAACCACCUUCCCCUGAUGCUCUCCUUGAAGCUUUCCACGUUUUGGACCCAUUAGGAAAAGGGUACAUAACUAGAGAGUAUAUUACUCAAUUAAUGACAGAAAAAGGUGAGCCAUUUAGUCAAGACGAAAUAGACGAAAUGCUUGAAGUAGCUAUUGAUCCUUCUACUCAAACAGUGCCAUACGAAUUUUACAUCAAUAAAUUGGUUUACGAACCUCCGCCUGAAGUAAGUCUAUAUGCGAUUGCUGAUGCCGUUGAAGCUGCGAAACCUAAACCUGCUAAAAAAACUUUAGCCGAAAUGAUGGCGGAAAUGCACGGACAUGACGAAGAGGACGAUUGAUUAUUAUAUUAUUUUUAAAUGUGUGCUGUGUAAAUUAACAAAAAUUAUAUUUUUAAUUAUU